CUAAAGGAGUACAAAAGGUAAUAGUCAAAAAGAAUCUUACUCAUAAUAUGUAUGAAAAUUGUUUAAAAUCUCGAAAAGAAUGUAUGAUAACAAUGCAUAGAUUAGGAAGUAAAGACCAUAUUAUCAGACUUCUUCGAUCAUCUAAAAUAGGUAUUAGUCCUUUAGAUACUAAGAGAUGGAUUUUAUCAGAUGGAAUUACUACAUUAGCCUUUGGGGAUUGGC